GAAAAUGAAAAUCUUUUCUGAGUCUCAUAAAACUGUUUUUGUUGUGGAUCACUGCCCAUAUAUGGCAGAAUCCUGCAGGCAACAUGUUGAAUUUGAUAUGUUAGUAAAGAAUCGAACCCAAGGAAUCAUACCUCUAGCACCCAUAUCAAAAUCACUAUGGACCUGUUCAGUGGAAUCAUCCAUGGAGUACUGUAGAAUCAUGUAUGAUAUUUUUCCUUUCAAGAAACUGGUGAACUUCAUUGUGAGUGAUUCUGGGGCUCAUGUCUUGAAUUCUUGGACUCAGGAAGAUCAGAACUUGCAGGAGUUGAUGGCAGCAUUGGCAGCUGUUGGGCCUCCUAAUCCUCGGGCAGAUCCAGAGUGCUGCAGCAUACUUCAUGGUCUGGUUGCAGCAGUUGAGGCACUGUGCAAAAUAACAGAGUACCAGCAUGAGGCUCGAACCAUGCUCAUGGAGAAUGCAGAAAGGGUUGGAAACAGAGGAAGAAUAAUUUGUAUUACUAAUGCAAAAAGUGACAGCCAUGUUCGAAUGCUUGAGGAUUAUGUUCAGGAAACCAUUCAUGAGCAUAACAAGCUUGCAGCUAAUUCAGAUCAUCUAAUGCAGAUUCAGAAAUGUGAAUUGGUCUUAAUCCAUACUUACCCAGUUGGUGAAGACAGUCUUGUUUCAGAUCGCCCUAAAAAAGAGCUUUCACCUGUUUUAACCAGUGAAGUGCAUAGUGUCCGUGCGGGAAGGCAUCUGGCUACAAAACUGAACGUUUUGGUUCAACAACACUUUGAUCUGGCUUCAACCACAAUAACUAACAUUCCUAUGAAGGAAGAACAACAUGCUAACACAUCAGCCAACUAUGAUGUGGAGCUACUUCAUCACAAAGAGGCACAUGUUGACUUUUUGAAGAGUGGUGAUAAUCAUGUAGGUGGCAAUAGCAGAGAAGGAACAUUUAAAGAAACUGUAACUUUAAAAUGGUGUACUCCCCGAACAAAUAGUGUAGAAUUACACUAUUGUACUGGAGCGUACAGAAUUUCACCAGUAGAUGUAAAUAGCAGACCUUCUUCAUGCCUUACUAACUUUCUCCUUAAUGGUCGUUCGGUUUUGUUGGAACAGCCCCGCAAGUCUGGCUCUAAAGUCAUUAGUCAUAUGCUCAGCAGCCAUGGAGGAGAGAUUUUUCUGCAUGUAUUAAGCAGCUCACGAUCAAUUCUAGAAGAUCCCCCAUCAAUUAGUGAAGGGUGUGGUGGAAGAGUCACUGACUACCGGAUUACAGAUUUUGGUGAAUUUAUGAGGGAAAACCGAUUAACUCCUUUUCUAGAGCCCAGAUAUAAGAUCGAUGGAAGUCUUGAAAUUCCAUUGGAACGUGCAAAAGAUCAGUUAGAGAAACAUACUCGUUACUGGCCUAUGAUUAUUUCUCAGACUACCAUCUUCAACAUGCAAGCUGUAGUGCCAUUAGCCAGUGUGAUUGUAAAAGAAGCAAUGACUGAUGAGGAUGUUCUGAAUUGUCAAAAAACCAUAUACAACUUGGUAGACAUGGAGAGGAAAAAUGAUCCGCUGCCUAUUUCAACAGUUGGUACCAGAGGAAAGGGUCCUAAAAGAGACGAACAGUACCGGAUUAUGUGGAAUGAGUUGGAGACCCUUGUACGAGCUCACAUAAACAACUCUGAUAAACACCAGCGAGUCUUAGAGUGUUUGGUGGCUUGCAGGAGCAAACCCCCAGAAGAAGAAGAGCGCAAGAAACGAGGUAGAAAGAGAGAAGAUAAAGAGGACAAGUCAGAGAAGUUAGGCAAAGACUAUGAAUCAGAUAAGCCAUGGCAAGAGUCAGAAAGGUAA